UCCCUCAUCCGCAGCCUCUGGAGUUGUGCGCGGUCACAGCUGCUCCGCCGAGCGACGAGUCCCCGCUGUCCUGCGGCUGCCGAUGGAAAUGGAGGGUUUGAGACGGUUCCUGGUCGCCCUGACGGUGGCCGUCUGCGUCGGAGUUGUCUCCAUCGCGUCCGUGCUGGUGUGGGUGCUCCACUACAGGGAGGGCUUGGCCUGGGACGGAGCUCUGGGCGAGUUCAACUGGCACCCGGUGUUAAUGGUCACCGGGUUUGUUUUCUUGCAGGGAAUCGCCAUUAUUGUCUACAGGCUCCCCUGGACCUGGCAGUUCAGCAAACUGACGGUGAAGUUCGUCCAUGCAGGCUUGAACUUAGUGGCCUUCGUUUUUGCUGUUGUAUCUUUGGUGGCAGUUUUUGACUUCCACAAUGGUGCGAAUAUCCCCAACAUGUACAGUCUGCACAGCUGGCUGGGCCUGAUAGUUGUGAUACUGUACUGUCUGCAGCUGGUUCUUGGAGUUGGCAUGUACCUGAUACCUAUUACACCUGUAUCCUGGAGAGCAGCGUUUAUGCCCCUCCAUGUCUACACUGGUCUGCUCCUCUUUAGCAGUGUUGUAGCUGUGGCACUCAUGGGCAUAACAGAGAAACUGAUUUUUGGCCUGACCGACCCGAAGUAUAAGGACUUGCCCCCAGAGGCAAUUUUUGUGAACGUUCUUGGAGUCCUCCUGGUGGUUUUUGGGAGUCUUAUCCUCUGGAUUGCCACUCGACCAUUUUGGAAACGCCCCAGUGACCAGAUCUUGCACAAUCUGCAUACCAACGGGGGAAGUGAGGACCACUCCAGAGUCGGUCCAGUGCUGUCGCAGACGUCUGAUGAGCCUGAUUCUGAGGCCUCUGAGGAUGUCAGGAGGAGGAUUAACAAAUAAGACGACAAUUAGCCAAAUGUAUGUUCACCCACUGGUCAGAGAGGGCUUGCUGGUCCCUCCAUACAUUUCAUUUUCUUGGCAUUUUGAGCUUGUUAGAAGGAGAUUUUGAUAUUUAUGUGUGAAUAAUAGGCUAUGCUGACAUACACUGUAUACAUAAUCUAAUUACAGAUUUUCUAUUCUCCAAAUUUCUGAGUAUUCUGAUACCUGUGUAUUUGAAUGUUGAGAGAACCUGUCUAUAUUUUACAAUAAACACUGUUUCAAUCUCUAA